CAGCUGACGCAAAAUCCCAGCCACGUUGUGAAAACGCCGACGAACUGCUCGCUAAUCGCAGCUUAUCCCCGACUGAGACUUAAGUAAAGCAUACCCAACAUGGUGCUGGAUCUGGAUCUGUUUCGCAGCGACAAGGGCGGCAACCCCGAUGCCGUGCGCGAGAACCAGAAGAGGCGCUUCAAGGAUGUGGCCCUGGUGGAGACGGUGAUCGCCAAGGACACCGAGUGGCGUCAGUGCCGCCACCGCGCCGACAACCUGAACAAGGUGAAGAACGUCUGCAGCAAGGUGAUCGGCGAGAAGAUGAAGAAGAAGGAGCCGGUGGGCGCCAUGAGCGAGGAUCUGCCGGCGGGAGUGACCCAGGAUCUCACCGAGAUCGUGGCCGAAACCCUGCAGCCGCUGACCGUCAACCAGAUCAAGCAGCUGCGCGUCCUCAUCGACGAUGCCAUGACGGAGAACCAGAAGUCGCUGGAGCUGGCCGAGCAGACGAGGAACACCUCGCUGCGGGAGGUGGGCAACCACCUGCACGAAUCGGUGCCCGUGUCCAAUGACGAGGAGGAGAACCGCGUGGAGCGCACCUUCGGCGACUGCGAGAAGCGCGGCAAGUACUCGCACGUGGACCUCAUCGUGAUGAUUGACGGCAUGAACGCGGAGAAGGGAGCAGUGGUGUCCGGCGGACGUGGUUACUUCCUCACCGGAGCAGCCGUUUUCCUGGAGCAGGCGCUCAUCCAGCACGCCCUGCAUUUGCUCUACGCCCGUGACUAUGUGCCGCUGUAUACGCCCUUCUUCAUGCGCAAGGAGGUGAUGCAGGAGGUCGCCCAGCUGUCGCAGUUCGACGAGGAGCUCUACAAGGUGGUGGGCAAGGGCAGCGAGAAGGCCGAGGAGGUGGGCGUCGAUGAGAAGUACUUGAUCGCCACCUCGGAGCAGCCCAUUGCCGCCUACCAUCGCGACGAGUGGCUGCCGGAGGCCUCGCUGCCCAUCAAGUACGCCGGUCUGUCCACCUGCUUCCGCCAGGAGGUGGGCUCCCAUGGACGCGACACUCGCGGCAUCUUCCGCGUCCACCAGUUCGAGAAGGUCGAGCAGUUCGUGCUCACCUCGCCGCACGACAACAAGUCGUGGGAGAUGAUGGACGAGAUGAUCGGCAACGCCGAGCAGUUCUGCCAGUCGCUGGGCAUUCCAUAUCGCGUGGUGAACAUCGUAUCGGGAGCUCUGAAUCAUGCCGCCUCCAAGAAGCUGGAUCUGGAGGCCUGGUUCGGCGGCAGCGGCGCCUACAGAGAGCUGGUCUCCUGCUCCAACUGCCUGGACUACCAGGCCCGCCGCCUGCUGGUUCGUUAUGGACAGACCAAGAAGAUGAACGCCUCCGUCGACUAUGUGCACAUGCUGAACGCCACGAUGUGCGCCGCCACUCGUGUCAUCUGCGCCAUCCUGGAAACCCACCAGACGGAGACGGGCAUCAAGGUGCCGGAGCCGCUGAAGAAGUACUUGCCGGCCAAGUUCCAGGAUGAGAUUCCCUUCGUCAAGCCCGCUCCCAUUGAUCUGGAGCUGGCCGCCGCCGAGAAGCAGAAGGGCAAGAAGGAGAAGACCAAGAAGGACCCGGCUGCCGCUUAAGAUUAAAGUCUAUGAAAUUACUAUGAAAUUUAACGCUAAACUAAGCUUGCAAAGUCCUAAAUUUUUGUUACUUAUCGACUUAUCUAAUAUUUAUGGCAUUUAUAUAAACUUUGUAACGAUUAAACUGGAUCGAGAUGUGCUUCGAAUGCAA